AUGGCCGAAUCCUCCACCGUCACCAUUCACCUUUCAACACUCAAGUCCGGCACAUCGGUUCAACAACUUGAUCUCGAUGAAGUGCUUGCGAAGGGUGUUCCCCAUGGCUGGGUACAUCCGCCUGUGGAUCUGGACCGCGACAUGCUCACCAAGCACGACUGGGAUCUCUUCCUCUUAACGGACAACGAGCAGCUGCCGGCACCAAUACAAGCAUACGUGGAGACUAAGGUAUCCUUUCAGAUAGACCUAGCAAGCGAACAAUACGAUGCUUUACAAGCGAAGAAGGACUUGAUUCCCAAACCAUCAGAUCGCACGCCACCUUUGGCACAAGAAUUUCGUGAAGGCAGAAUACCCAACUCUGCAGUUGUGGACGAUCGGAACGACAGCGGUCCAGCUGCACUACCCACACCAAUCGCCAACAAACCUGUCAGCCUAUUCAACCUCUUCAAGUACAAGGAUUCGCGCGCUGUCCAUGAUGCGUACAUGGAAGGUUUCAAGCAGAAAUUCGGCGACGCUGCCGGAGCGUCGGUGCAAUUCAUGGGUCCCGUGAGAACGUAUCUCGAACAGACCGACGAGCGAGGCACCAAGAGAAAGCAGCUACGAGGUACGAACUGGGAAGACGCCAAUCUUGUCCAAUACGACACAAUCUGGCAUUACGUGUACAUGCUGAGUACAGACAUAUAUGCCGAGCUGAACAAGCAAAAAGUCGCAGGGUUGGAUGACACUUGCAUUCUAGUGGUCAGCGAAAUUGAGCUUUGCAAGUAG